GUCAACAUUUGAGGAAGAUGUAGCUGGAUCUAGCAAUUUUGACACUCUUGAUUGUGGCAUAGACCUAGAUAAUGAAGAGUUUGAAGAUGAAGGAAUGUUUGAUGAGUCAAUUGAUGUUGACUUGAGUGACUUUGAAGAUUACGAUGACAAUGCUGAAUACUUAUGUUUCAAUACACAAGCAUAUGUGGAUCUUGGAGAUGCCAUUCAUGAGUGCGAGUAUUGUGGAGCCUUAUUCUGGUAUGCCGAAAGGGUAAAGAGACAUUCCGUCAAGCAACGUCCAAAGUUUUCUAUGUGUUGCAAUCUAGGAAAUGUUGUUCUCCCUAAUAUGCAGCAACCCCCUAGAAUUUUAAAUGACCUCAUAUUUCGCUCUGAGCAUCGAAGUAAGCACUUUCUGGACAACAUUCGUUCUUACAAUUCUAUGUUUGCAUUCACUUCGAUGGGUGGGAGAACAGAUACAGAUAUAAAUAAGGGUAGAACACCUCCAAUAUUCAGAUUGAAUGGUCAAAAUUACCACAAGAUCGGUAGUCUUAUACCAAAUGAAGGACAACGUCCAAAAUUCUUACAGAUGUAUUUGACCGAUCCAGAAGAAGAGGUUGAAUCUAGAAUCUCAUCUGUGAGGCGCUCUGGUGGAACUGCAUUGCAUGAUACAUUAGUAUCCGAUUUGCGAGAUAUGUUGGAUGCGUACAAUGUUCACGCACAAUCAUUUAGGAUGGCUCGUGAUAGGUUUAAUGAAACUAACUCUAUCUCUUUGAAGAUGAAGCUUAUUGGUAAAAGGAAUUCAGAUGGACGGACUUACAAUACCCCUUCCGCUCGUGAGGUAGCCGCACUUAUAGAAGGGGACUUUAGUUUAAAUCGAAAAGAGAGAGAUGUUGUUCUUCAGAAGAAAUCCGGAAAGUUUCAAAUUAUAUCGGAACUGAAUCCUUCUUUUCUUGGAUUACAAUAUCCAUUGCUUUUCCCCUAUGGUCAGGAUGGUUUUAGAGAGGAUGUUAAACUGACACGUGCAUCUCAAGCUACCACAAAAGGCAGGAAAUAUGUUACAAUGAAAGAGUUCUUCUCAUACAGGUUGCAAGAAAGGAAGGGGGAAUCCCCUUACAUAUUGAGAUCGAAGAGAUUAUUCCAGCAAUUUAUUGUUGACGGAUAUACCAUGAUUGAGUCAUGUCGCUUGGCAUAUAUUAGGCUACAUCAAAAGGACUUGCGAAGUGAACUGUAUACAGGAUUGGCUGAUGCUGUAAGUCGUGGUGAAACUGACGGUUCAAGGUUGGGACAACUCAUCGUACUUCCUAACUCAUUCACGGGAAGUGCACGUUACAUGAUUCAAAACUACCAGGAUGCGAUGAGCAUCUGCAGGUGGACAGGAUAUCCACAGCUCUUCAUCACGUUUACAUGUAACCCAAAGUGGCCUGAGAUUGUUCGUUACGUCGAGUGUAGAGGACUUGCUCCGGAAGAUCGUCCAGAUAUCAUUUGUAGAAUCUUCAAGAUCAAACUUGAAAUGCUUAUAAAAGACUUGAAAGAAAAUAAGCUUUUCGGUGAAGUUAAAGCAGUUGUAUACACUGUGGAGUUUCAGAAACGUGGAUUGCCACAUGCUCAUAUUGUUUUAUGGUUGACACGAAGAGACACAGUUAUAUUGGCAUCACACAUUGACAGCAUUA